AUGCCACGUUCCUUUUUGGUGAAGAGCAAAAAGGCUCAUAGCUAUCACCAGCACCGCUUUGGGGAAGAUGACCUGCCUGUACUCACCUGGGAUCCAGUAACCUCGCCCUUCACUGCCACAGGAGACAAGACAGCAGAGGACAUCAAGAAACAGGACCUAGAAUGUGUGGUUCCAAAACAAGAAAAGGACCCACCUGAACUGAAAGAAGAAAGUGUCCCUGUCCAGUACCUGAGCAGGAUGCUGCAAGGCCCUUCAGCUCAAGAGAUGGCCAUCCCAGGUCUGCAGAUCAAAGACUGCAGCAGCACGACAAGCACCCCUACCUUCUACAAAGCCAGCUUUGCAUGGGAUGCUUACCCCCUGCCAUACAGCUACCGCCAGAUGUCCUCCACCAUGCAGUCAGCCCUCCUGGAGCACCCAGUCAGCCUGUAUGGAAGCCACCUCCUGCCAAGCACUGACCCCCCCCUGGACUACAGCAUGCAUUACUCCUCGGACAUGGAGACCUACCACUGCGUGAAGUGCAACAAGGUUUUCUCCACUCCUCAUGGACUGGAGGUCCAUGUCCGAAGGUCUCACAGUGGGACCCGUCCCUUUGCUUGUGAAGUGUGUGGCAAAACCUUUGGACACGCUGUGAGCCUGGAGCAGCACACCAAUAUUCACUCCCAGGUGGGUAGCAUUGAGUGCAAGAUGUGUGGGAAGACAUUCAAACGUUCCUCCACCCUCUCCACUCACCUCCUGAUCCACUCAGACACGCGGCCCUACCCCUGCCAAUACUGUGGCAAGCGCUUCCACCAGAAGUCGGAUAUGAAGAAGCACACUUACAUCCACACUGGGGAGAAGCCCCACAAAUGCCAGGUGUGUGGCAAAGCCUUCAGCCAGAGCUCCAACCUCAUCACCCACAGCCGCAAGCACACCGGCUUCAAGCCCUUCAGCUGUGAGCUCUGUGCCAAGGGCUUCCAGCGCAAGGUGGACCUGCGGAGGCACCGGGAGACCCAACACAGCCUCAAGUGA